AUGUAUAGAAUCUCUAUUAACAAUUGUCUCUUAUUAUUAAUAUUCCUUGUAACGAUCGUCUUAGCCAAUGUCAAAGCACAGUUUCCAGCAGAACAAUUAGAUGAACCAUUGAUGGAUUAUAAACGUUUAGGAAAGUAUUGUUACAUACAUAAUUUCGAAUUAUGGAAUAAUCGACAAAAAGAAUUAACAAUAUGGGUGAAAUUGUCCAAAUUAAUGAAAUUAAAUUUAAACGAUCAUCCAGAAAUUCAAAAAGAAAUGGAACAGUACCGACUUCAGUAUGAAUGUUUAAAAAUUCUCGAACGAAUGCCUAUAGCCAUUGGGCCCGGAAGGUAG